UCCCUGGAAGACAGCAACGGAUAUCAGAAGUUUUAGUCAUGGCUUAUGAACCAGGCCGAGGAGACAGCCUUCCUCCCUCAGGCACUGUAGCUUUCACAGCCAAGCUGAAUGUCGAUGAAAGCUACCCCUGUUACUCUGGAGUCCUGAAGCUUACCACUGUACUGGUCAACGAGGGAGGAGGCUACAAUCCUGACACAAGCAUCUUCACCUGCCCUGUGGAUGGCUUCUAUUACUUCACUGUGCACAUGUCUGUGUAUGGACGCGGACAGUGCGCCAUCUUCAAAAAUGGAGAGAAAGUAGUGUCUCUGUAUCACACCUCUCUGCCUGAUAAGUGCAGCCAAGUGGCCAGUAUGAGCAGCGUGAUCCAACUGUCCAAAGGAGACGAGGUCUUUGUGAACAUCUGGGGGCCUGGCAGAAACGACAUCUUUGCAACUAUAGAUAAUGACACUGUUUUUACUGGUUUUCGUUUGGGUUAAAGACAUUAUCAAUCAGCAUCAACAUCAAUAAAGUUAAUGUCCUGGACAAUAAGCCAGUACCACUUCAGAGUAUGCAUUAAGAGAUAAGAUAAUCCUUUAUUAGUCCCGCAGCGGGGACAUUUACAGGAUUACAGCAGCAUAGAGGAUAGUGCAAAACAAGAGACAUAGUAAAAAAACAAGAUCAAAAAUAAGUAUUAUAAAUAAGCAAAUGAGCAAUAAAAAAACAGUAAAGAAUCCACAGUAACUGAAAUAUUAUAUAUACAGACAGAAACUAUUAUAACUAUUGUAUUGCACAGUGUAUUUGUAUUGCGGUGUAUUAUACGGUUUGUCGAAUGUUUCCUUGUGGUUUUGCAUCAAUAAAUCAAAUUCCUUCCUG